AUGGAACAGAAAUUGAAACAACGUAAACUAAUGCGGGUACUGUUUACGAAUUGCACCAAUGAGCUGUAUCGUCUAAUUCUUGAGAAGAAACCAGUAAAUGAAAUAAAAGUCAGUUGGAGUCUUCUGCAAGAACCUUAUGAGGAUUUAAAGCUAGUGGAACAACAAGUGUACGAGUUUAUGAUAGAUGACGCUUCGAUGUCAGAGGCGGAAAUCAUUCAGGAGUUGGAAGGAGCGAAAGUCUACAAGAAGAAAUACAUAGAACUCCGUCAACAUGUAGAUGCCAUCGAAGAACAUAGUAGCAACAGAAGUACGAUAAGUGCUACAAGUUCUCAUCAAAAUCGACGUAGAUUUAAGCUUCCUAGAAUCGAAUUUAGGAAAUUUGAUGGCACUGUGAAGGAUUGGUUGCCUUUCUGGUCACAGUUUACGAAGGUGCAUGAUGAUCCAAGUUUGGAUGAUGUUGAUAAGUUCGAAUAUUUACGGCUUGCCACCAAUUCGAAUAGCCGAGUACGGAUGCUUGUUGAAAGCUAUCCGGCAACUUCGCAAAAUUAUACGAAGAUAGUAAAGGCAUUGAAGGCGCGUUAUGGUAGGGAAGAUCUACAGAUUGAAGUUCAGAUCAGAGAACUCCUCAGAAUUAUCAUAAAUAAUGCGUCAUCUUCAAGUUCAAAACCAGAUAUCGCUAGUCUUUAUGAUCAGCUUGAAACACCUAUUAGAGCUUUAGACUCAUUAGGCAUAACCUCUGAGAAAUGGGGGGCUAUGCUGUUUCCGAUGAUAGAGUCUUGCAUUCCCGAAGAACUUCUAAGGGUGUGGCAUCGGUCUUCAUGUGCUUACGGCAGCGACAUUGCUGAGAGUGAUCUCGAAGGGAUGCAGGGUGCUGAUGAAACGUUCAGUAAGCGUCUCUCAGGUUUGAUGAAAUUCCUACGAUCGGAAGUCGAGCAUGAGCAGCAUAUAUCGUUGGCAGUUGAACGUUUAGGUUUGCAAGAAGCAAAGGAGAAAAAGAAGCAUGUGUCUGAUAAAGGGACUGCAGAGAAAAUACCAACGGCGGUAGGGCUAGUUAAUUGUGAUGUGAGCAGUUGCAUUUUCUGUGAGAAGUCGCACGAGAGUUCAAAUUGUUUUAAAGCUCAACAGUGGUCGUUGGAGAAGAAAAACAAGAUCGUGAGCAACAAAAAAGCUUGCUUCAAGUGCCUGAGAGUAGGACAUGCAGCAAGCAAAUGCAAGAUUCCUGUUAAGUGCAUGGUCUGUGGUAAGCCACAUGUCGUUCUCAUGUGUUCGAUGUUGCCAAUUCAUCAAAAUAAGAUUGAGGAAAAAUCAAAGGAAACUCUGAGAGAAAUCCAUACCGAGGCAAAUACCCAGAUCAACAGCACUAGGGCUCAUGUAUUUCUCCAGACCCUAAAAGUUUCUUUGAACGGACCAGCAGGCAGCAAAUCAGUACGUGUUCUAUUGGAUUCUGGGUCACACUACACAUACAUUCUUCAGUCGACAGCGAAGAACCUAGGUUAUACAUCGAAACGUUCGGAGAAAAUUAUUCAUAGUUUGUUCGGUGGGAGUAAGGUAUUGAACGAACAUCAUUGCUACAUGGUUGAAGCUCGUCAUCGUGAUUAUGUAUGUUCUUUCGAAGCCUUGUCGCAAGAAACGAUUUGUAACAGCAUUCCUCCAGUGUUUGAUGGUCCCUGGACGGAGGAGCUACGUACACUAAACAUUGAAAGAUCCGAUUUGGGAGAUCCUGCACCUGUAGAACUGUUAAUAGGUAUUGAUCUUGUCGGCAAACUUUUCACUGGCAGAAGAAAGGUGUUGUCUUCUGGUUUAGUUGCGAGCGAGACCUUUUUUGGGUGGACUCUUAUGGGGAAGAUUCCAUGUGAACCUGAGAACUCUACAGUACUGUCAGCAGUGUCAAUGUUAGUUAAUGACUCUAACCUACAGCAACUUUGGCAGUUAGAGACUCUGGGAAUCACAGAUCCUAUUGAAAAGAAAGCUCAAGACGUGAUGGUUAGCGAAGCACGAGAACUUUUUUUGAGCACAACAAAGGUGGAUGAAGAAAAUCGAUAUGUUGUGCGGUUGCCUUGGUUAUCGGAACAUUCUCCGCUUCCAAGUAAUUUUGGUGUAGCGAAGAAGAGACUCGAGAGUACUCUACAAAAAUUGGAUCGUCAGAAUCUACGAGUAGAUUAUAACAAAGUUUUUCAAGAGUGGUUGGAUGAGGGAAUCAUCGAGCAAGUACACAAACAGGAGAAAUCUGAUUUUGUACAUUAUAUACCCCAUCGACCAGUGAUCAAGAGCGCGUCAGUUACAACGAAAAUUCGGCCGGUGUUUGAUGCGUCAGCGCGUGAAAAGUUGAGUCCAUCGCUCAAUGACUGUGUACAGAAAGGAGCCAAUUUAAUCGAGUUAAUACCGAAUAUUUUAUUGGGAUUUAGGAAACAACGUUUUGGAGUUACUAAUGAUAUUAAGAAGGCGUUUGUUCAGAUAAGUAUAGAUGACCGCGAUCGUGAUGUUCUACGUUUUUUAUGGGUGGACUCUGAAGGAAGAGAAAUCAUCUAUCGGCAUCGACGAGUCGUCUUUGGUCUGAGUUGUAGUCCUUUCCUCUUAGGAGCGACGAUCGAAUUACAUCUUCAGAAAGCGAAGGGACAUAAUCAUUUGAUCUCCUCCGAAAAUUUGGCCAAGCUUGCAACGAGUUUCUACGUAGAUAACUGCGUUACGAGCCUAUCAGAGGAGAAUGAACUUAAAUCUUUUAUAUCCGAGUCAACGGCAGUGAUGAACCUCGGAAAAUUUGAAUUGAGAGGGUGGGAGUAUACUGGGCAAGAAGGAAGCCAGUUGACUCCAAUUUUAGGCCUCGUUUGGGAUAAGUUUGCUGACACUCUGAGUGUAGCGAGUGAUGUCAUCAAGGAUUGUGAGCUGGUUCAUUCACGUCCAGUGUCAAAAAGAACCAUGCUAUCCAUUGCGCAGAAGAUAUUCGAUCCCGUGGGUUUUACAUGCCCGGCUACUUUAUUGCCUAAGCUAUUACUAAGGAAGACGUGGGAACAAAAAGUGUCUUGGGAUGAGAAAGUAACAGAAGAGAUUUCUUCGGAUUUUCAACGGUGGUUGGAAGAAAUUCAUCUUCUGGCGCAAAUUAAGAUCCCUCGUUGGAUACAUUUUUCUAUCCGUGAUUCCAACGAGUUGACUAUGCAUGUAUUCUGUGAUGCAAGCCAGAACGCCUACGCAGCUGUGGUGUUUUUAAGAGGCAUCUUCCAAGGAAAAGUUUUCAUUCGAUUAUUAGCUGCAAAAAGUCGAAUUGCUCCUUUGAAGAAAGCAACGAUACCCAGACUAGAACUCCUGGCAGCCCUAAUAGGAGCUCGGUUGUCCAAGUUAGUUCUUAGUGGUUUGGCAGAGGAAAUUAAAACUCAUUUCUGGAGUGAUUCCACUACGGUUCUGUCGUGGAUUAAACGACGAGAACAAUGGAGUAUCUUCGUAGCAAAUAGAGUUAACGAGAUUUGUUCUCUAUCAUCGCCUACGGAAUGGAGUCAUGUGACAGGUUCGAAAAAUCCAGCUGAUUUACCAUCUCGAGGCGUGCUACCCUCCAAGUUGCUUGAAUCUCGCUGGUGGGAGGGACCAAAUUGGUUGUACGAGUCUCCAGAAAAAUGGCCGAUUUCUUCGGAGCAGUGUGAUGAGAAUGAGAUAAACGGAGAACGGAUAGCGAGAUGUGCAACUUGUUUGAAUAUACAUUCAGAUUCAAUCGAGACUUGGCAUUUAGACCAUUUCUCGAAGUUUAGCAAGAUGUUGCGCAUGAUGGGGUGGAUUUUAAGAUUCCUGCACAACUGCAGAGCUAGACAGAAGUACGAUGGAGAACUGACUUCGGUGGAACUGAAGAAGGCGGAGAACUUGAUUUUCAAGUUUGUACAAUUGGAUGCUUUCACAGGAGACGAACGGAAGCGUUUAGCCACGCUAUCGUCUUUCGUUGACGAGGAUGGUUUAAUACGAGUGGAAACUAAGAUUUUGAAAAGAGAGGAUUCGAAUGAGUUUCGACGUCCCAUACUCUUGCCCGCCAGACAUCCAGUAGUAUCAGCAGUAGUGUAUGAUGCUCACGUUAAAGCAUGCCACAUCAGAACGCAAGGCUUGUUGGCCAUUCUACGAGAACGCUUCUGGAUUUUAGGUGGUCGCCGAUCAAUUUCUGUCAUAAUCAGGAAGUGUAGUAUCUGCAGAAGACAUUUGAGUAAGCCCAUGGUCACUGAAGAUCCCGCGCUACCCAACAAUCGUGUUCGGGACGCAGCAGCUUUUGAGAUUGUUGGAAUUGAUUUUGCGGGGCCUUUGGUGUUAAAAAAUGAAGAAAUGGUGUGGAUAUGUGUUUUCACUUGUGCAAUUUACCGGGCUGUACAUUUAGAGCUCUGCACAUCUCUGUCCACACCUAACUUUUUCAAGGCUCUACGUAGAUUUAUAUCUCGACGUGGGAGACCAAAGACGAUUUACACAGACAAUGGGACGAAUUUUGUUGGUGCUGCAAAUAUUUUAAAUACAGUUGACUGGAACGCAAUAGUAAGAGAGACAUCGUGCGAACGGUUAGAAUGGCGUUUCAACCCACCAGCAGCACCUUGGUGGGGAGGAUUCUGUGAGCGGAUGGUGGGAAUGAUAAAACAACUACUACGAAGAGUAUUGGGUCGAGCUUCUUUGAAUUAUGAAGAUUUGAUGACAAUUCUUUGCGACUGUGAAGCAGUCAUUAACUCUCGGCCUAUCAGUUUUCUCUCAUCCAGUUCUCAAGAGUUGAUGGCACUUUGUCCAGUGAUGUAUCUACGAGAACUGCCAUCCACAAGUGUUGUAGAUUGCGAUGUCGUCGACAGGCAGUCAUUAACAAAGAAAUUACAACGUCUCCAGGUCCUGAGAGAUUCUUUGAGAGAGCGUUUUCGGAGCGAAUAUCUUGGUCAGCUUGCAAUUCUUCAGAGCAGACGAACUAGUAAGUCAAUUUGCGUUGGAGAAGUUGUUUUAGUGGGAGACAACGAUACAAAGCGUCUCAACUGGCCAAUGGGAAUAAUCAAAGAAGUAUUUCCUGCGUCAGAUGGACAAAUACGGGUUGUACGGGUGAAGACUAGCAGGGGUAUUUUGAUGCGUCCAAUUCAAAGAAUUUAUCGGUUGGAGUGUUCAGAAGAAACAUCUGAAGAUGUUGUACGGGAGCCAACAAAUCAUGGAUCGAGGUCUCCAGAGGUGAAUACGUCGUUACCUGAUAAUAGUGAUAGUCGAGUUCGCGUUUCACGAGUUGGGCGUACAAUUAAGCGUCCGAAACGUUAUUUAUAA